AUGGGCUUCCGCUUCCUUGAGCUCGUCCGACCUUUCGUGAGCAUCCUCCCAGAGGUUACCGCUCCUGAGAAAAAGGUCAUAUUCAACCAUAAAGUCCUCUGGACAGCAACAACACUUUUGAUCUUCUUGGUAUGCUCCCAAGUACCAUUAUACGGUAUCAUGUCUUCAGACAGUUCAGAUCCAUUGUACUGGCUCAGAGCAAUCUUAGCUUCAAAUAGAGGUACUUUGAUGGAACUUGGUAUCACUCCAAUCGUCACUUCCGGUAUGAUCAUGCAACUCCUUGCAGGUGCGCAAUUGAUCGACGUCGACUUCAGCUUAAAGGACGAUAGAGCUCUUUUCGGUGCUGCUCAAAAAUUAUUCGCCAUGAUUAUCGCUCUUGGUCAAGCUACCGUCUAUGUCCUCACUGGUCUUUACGGUUCACCUUCUUCCCUUGGUCCCGGUGUUUGUCUUCUCUUGAUCCUUCAACUUGUUUCCGCCUCUCUCAUUGUCAUUCUUCUUGAUGAGCUUCUCACCAAAGGUUACGGUCUUGGGUCUGGUAUUUCGCUUUUCAUCGCCACCAACAUCUGUGAAUCUAUCAUCUGGAAGGCAUUCUCCCCCAACACCGUUAACACCGGUCGUGGACCUGAAUUCGAAGGUGCCGUUAUCGCUCUCUUCCACCUCUUGUUCACUUGGAAUGACAAGACCAGAGCUCUCAAAGAAGCUUUCUACAGGGAACGACUCCCAAACAUCAUGAAUCUCCUCGCCACCGUAGCUGUUUUCGCUGCGGUUAUAUACCUUCAAGGAUUCAGAAUCGAGAUCCCUAUCAAAUCUUCCAAGAUGAGAGGUCAACGAGGCACAUACCCCGUCAAAUUGUUCUACACCUCCAACAUGCCUAUCAUGCUUGAAUCAGCUUUGACUUCCAACGUUUUCCUCAUCAGUCAAAUGCUUGCCUCAAGAUUCCCCAACAACUUGCUCGUCAGAUUAUUGGGUGUUUGGGAGCCUAUGGAAGACGUUCCCUCUCAACUCUCCGCCGUCUCUGGUAUCGCUUACUACAUGUCUGCCCCUCACUCCCUCACCAAGGCUAUUCAAGAUCCAUUCCACACAGUUGUUUACAUCGCUUUCAUCGUUACUGCAUGUGCUAUCUUCUCCAAGACCUGGAUUGAAGUCUCUGGAUCUGGGCCUCGGGAUGUUGCUAAACAACUCAAAGACCAAAACAUGACUCUUGCUGGACACAGGGAUGCUUCCAUUUACAAGGAGCUCAAGAGAGUUAUCCCUACUGCUGCUGCUUUCGGUGGUGCCACCCUCGGUCUUCUGUCUGUCGUUGCAGACAUGAUGGGUGCUUUGGGAAGCGGAACUGGUAUCUUGAUGGCCACCACCAUCAUUUACGGAUACUUCGAGCUCGGUGUCAAAGAGAACUCUGGCAUGGACGCUGCUGGCUUAGGUGACUUGCGUGAGUAA